AUGUGGUUUGGGCAUCCCGAUUUUAUGCGUAUGUUUGAAGAUAGUUGGAAGGAACCUAUUGUGGGUUCGCCAGCCUUUAUAUAUCCUCAAAAAUUAAAGCGUCUUAAAAUUGCAAUGAAGUCGUGGAAUCAAGAAGUUUUUGGUAAUGUUAAUGUUAGGCUGAAACAGGCUCAGCUUAGACUUGAAAGUUCAAUGCGUUUAUCGGAUGAAGACCCUUCGGAUGUGGACAAAUUGAACUCGAUGAGAAGUGUGGCAGUGGAAGUUAAUGAUAUUAGAAUGCAACAAGUCAUUAUGUUGAAGCAAGAAUCCAGAAAUCAGUGGUUAGUUGAAGGGGCUAGUAAUUCUAAUUUCUUUCAUAAUUCUAUUCGUAUUCGUAGGAGUAGUAAUACUAUUUCGGAAUUGGUGGAUGCUAAUGGGGUAACGGUGACUGAUUGUAAUCAGAUUCGUAACCUUAUUGUUGAUUAUUAUGAGGCAAAGUUUAAUGGUGAUGAUUCAGUUCCAGUUGAAGCUCUUUUUAAUAUUGAUCAUAAUAGUAUUUCUCUUGAGGAGAGUGCUAGAAUGGAUCAGUUGCCCUCAAUUGAUGAGAUUCAUGCAGAGGUUUUUGAUUUGGGUGCGGAUAGUGCGCCAGGGCCGGAUGGGUUUGCUGGUUUUUUCUAUAGGCAUUGUUGGGAGAUUAUCCGGGAGGAUUUGGUUAAUGCUAUUCUGUUUUGUUGGUCUAAUAGAUUCAUUCCUCACGGCGUUUCUAGUCUUCUCAUGCUUCUUCCUAAAGUGAGAGGUGCUAAUACUCUUCGUAACUUUAGGACGACUGGUCUUAGUAAUUUCUUUUUUAAGAUUUUUACUAAUAUUUUAGCUACAUGGCUUGGUAGUGUUUUGGAUAACUUGAUUUCUGAGGAACAAGUGGCGUUUAUGAAAGGGAGAAAUAUCCAUGAAAAUAUUAGUCUAGCUUCAGAGAUGGUGAAUGAAACGCAGAUUAAGCGGAAAGAUGGUAAUGUUGGGUUAAAACUUGAUAUAACUCAGGCAUUUGACGCGGUUGGUUGGACUUUCAUCUUGGAGGUGUUUUGA